GUGGUGAAUCGUCGUUAACAAUUCAUUGCUUACCUCUGGUGCCUAGACAAGUCAUAUUUGUGUUUUUCUUUUGGUAUACUAAAAAAGAAAAUGUUUUGGGUUUCUAUUUUGCUUCUCAUAGUUAUAAAAGUUUCCAUAGAGGAAAAUUAUGCCCCGUUAAAUGAAUGGUCACCUAAAAUUCACGAUGACUUAAAGGAAUGGAUCGAGAAAGUUUAUUCAAAUCAAAGUGACAAAAGAGCAGAAGAAAGUGCUGAUGUAGUACACGUCUUUGGACAAAGUCAUGACAAUGCUGAACACGAAGUCAAUGUUUCGCAAGUCUCAAAUCCUGACAAAUUAUUGAACGUCUUGAAAAGACUUGAGCACUUGAUCAACGGGAACAUCGUGAAAUCACCAACACAAAGUAUUCACACAUCUUUUGAACCUAUAGUCCGCGGAUCGAUGCUAGAACUUCCUGUUAAUUUUACGUCCGUACAAAGAUUAGGAACGGCUGACAAAAAGCAGUGGGGAUUCAGUUUUAUCCAUUUCUGCAGAGAGGCAAGCAAAUUGGUCGAGUAUCACAAGCACGUUAAAAUUGAUGCUUAUAGAAAAUCAACCCUGCCGGUAAGCAUUCUUGAAAAAGGCGCAUUCAACAAGAAUUUUACAACCGCCGGACAUUUAUUCGGAAACAAGCACCAAUUUACGAAGCAAACUCAUAAUGCCACUGUGUCAGGAAGACAGUUCUUGACGUCGAAUCAAUCUAUGCUGAAGCCGGAUACUGCGUACAGAAUCUUCACGAAGACAAAAGUAACGCCUGUCGUAGACGGCAACUAUUACUUGAUCAAGUUCAAAACGAACCAAAGCGAGGCUCUGCACUGCCUCGGUAUGGAUUCCAGCGGUGGACUCCAAGUGACGUCAUCAAGGUGUCUCUUCUUCUCUGCUCACUAUCCAGGCCUGCAGGUCAGAGGGGGCGUACUGCCAGCGGUCUCACUAGAAUGCGCAUGCUCGCCAGGCUACUACAUCAACCGUGACAGCAGCAGGAUAACAAUAAGAAAGCGGAUCAUAAAUCCCAAUUAUGAUAUCGACUCCACAUUUUAUUUCAAACCUGUCCACGGCGAAAACGCAUUCCAACUUCUUGGAAAUCAUCUCAGGCAGGUCGUUUGUAAAAGUUCCACGGACGUACAGCGACUAGUCUUACAUCCCUUAGGAAGUCACUUUAAUAAUGAUGGAUGCAAAGUUGUUCUGCAUCCAAUAGCACCAGGCGAGAAUCCAAUACAAAACUGUCAAUGGAACACAAACAAAAAACAAGAAUUCUGCAUUUCCUUAAAUUUAAUAAACUCUGCAGAGCGAGAAAUCAAGUUAAAAUCGAGCAUCAAAACGUCUGAGUACAUCAUAAAAGGCCGCGAGUUCCGCUUAACGACGUACAUCCAUCACCCUCAAGACCAUCCAAAAGUGUUAUUCACCGCAAGAGAGGACUCGAAUGAAGUGUUUGUGCUGCUAAAUGGAUCGCGGCAACUUAACAUCCCUAUCACACGCGACUGCACCGAGUUCACGAGAGUGAUCAUUACUACAAAGCCACAAAACUCGUAUUAUUUCUAUCUGGUGAACCAUCUUGGCAUUCCCCUUCAUCUUAAAGCGAACAGUUCUGAUGAUGGUACAGAGCCUCUUCGUAGCCCCAAGAUGAAGGUUCAUGUCCAACGUUCUGGCGAAGGGUGGAUUAUGAAGGCCGAGCCUGCAGACAAGAAGCGCAGCGGAGUUACUGUUGAAGAUGAUGAUGAUUAUGAGCCGGGUUACCAGGAAUACUCGGGCACCACGAGGCCUGCCGUACACGAGCUCAGCAAAUCCAUCCAGGCGGAUGCCGAACACGAGCUCAGCAAAUCCAUCCAGGCGGAUGCCGUACACGAGCUCAGCAAAUCCAUCCAGGCGGAUGCCGUGAAUGACUCCUCGCAAGCGUUGCACCUCAUGUUUGACUUAGUCGACCCCAAUGGACAUUCUGAUCCAGUCUUUGGAAACGACCCCAAAAUACAUUUCAAAGCCGUAAAUCACGGGAAGACCUUCCACAUACGAGAGUCACCUCAUCAAGUCACAGACAUGCUUUCCAGGAACCUUAGUGGCGUGACGCUGAAAAAGUUUGAUAACAUCCCCGGCGACAGGAUUAAAAAUUUGAUUGAUAGCAACAACUACCCCUACUUCCCAUCAUCCUCUUUGAUUAUUAGCCAUUUCUCGGAACCGGAGGACUGGGGAGACCACUAUGGCUCUUCUAUCGAGGGUUUCUUUGUACCACAGCAAGAUGGAAAUCACGUAUUCCAUUUAGCGAGCGGAAAAGAGGGCAAACUGUAUCUGGGUAGCGACUUCGACCCGAAAAGCAAGCGGCUUAUUGCGCAUGUGCAAGAGAGCACGUCGCCGAUGAGACAAAGCGAACUGACUGGCGUUAAGUCUGACCCGAUCGACCUGAUAGCUGGAGUUCCCUACUACAUCCUAGCCCUGCACAAGGAGUCGACUGGCCCAGACCAUCUGUCUGUUGGCAUGACAACGCCAGAUGGACAGGUCGACGCUCCAAUCAGUGUACAGUAUCUGUACAGACUUCCAGUUACCAAGAUAAACUCGACCACUCUUCGGCACUUGGCCGAGAAGAAGGCAAAGGAGAUAGCAGAGAAAACAAUACACGAACAGCUAACGCGUCUGCGCAUGACCAAUAAACCUCCCUUUUCCUUGCUCUACCAAUCACAACACGAGUUUGUCUCAUUUUUGGCGGACACUGAAGUGAUCGUAGAGAUCGCUGAGAAAGUUCGUAUGAGGUUUACAAAAGGGACGUCUGUAAAAGUGAGACGUGACACUUUAAUCAAGCAGCUAGAAGAUUUGGUUAUCCUUGACUUGACCUCGGGCUCCGCGUUUGCCGCUUUUAUUGUUAGGGAAUGGAGGAUUGAUUUGACCGUUAAAGAGUUUGAAAGAAACAGGAUGCCAGCAGGUUAUAUGUGCCUGCAAGCAACUAACACUUUCAACAGCGGUCCUUUGACCUGUUUGCCUCCUUGCUACAUACCUUGCCCAACAGCGACGGCAACACCAUCAACAACGGCAACUACACCAGCAAAAACAACGUCAGCAACAACUAAACCAGUAAUGACACCGACAACACCAGCACCAAUGACCCUGCCACCCAUCUCCCCUAUAGACCCCCCUAGGACUCAACCCCCACCCAUCUUCCCUAUAGACCCCCCUAGGACGCAACCCCCACCCAUCCCCCCUAUAGACCCCCCCAGGACUCAACCCCCACCCAUCCCCCCUAUAGACCCCCCCAGGACUCAACCCCCACCAAUCCCCCCUAUAGACCCCCCUAGGACUCAACCCCCACCCAUCUUUCCCCAACCCACAACACCAGCCCCGACAAAAUGUCAAGUCAUCAAUACAAAGGAAACCGGCGAAGUCAGCAAUAAGAUGAUUCUUCUCCAGGAUGAAGUACUUUGUCCGACUUCACCUUCACCCGUCACGUGUCCCCCCUGCCCAGCCUCAUCUGGGUGCCUGGUUGCUGCGGCAACCGGUAAUUUAACGGUCACGCUAGUGCCGCCCUCGUGUCCGCCAUGCCCACCUCCGGUCAUCUGCCCAAAGGCGCCAAAAAGCACACCGCAAUCUAUGUGUCCACCCGGCCAUCUUGAGGUACAUGCCGGUAACUCGCCACCCGGAAGCUGUUGCAAAUUCCCGUUUGUUUACAAAGGAAUCACCAUGCAUCGAUGCACAAGAGAAGAGAAAAACUUCCGAUGGUGCGCCACCACGCAAGACUACGACAAAGAUAAGAAAUGGGGAUUUUGUCCGCAGUGCUUCAUCGGUUCCGGGGGGACAAGCAGUGGGUACUGUUGUCACUUUCCCUUUGUGUUUGGCGGCAAACUGCACGCCACUUGUGUGAAUGAUACGAAAGGGAAGCCCUGGUGCUCAGUCACCUAUAACCUCGACCUGGACGGACUCUGGACCUACUGUCCUGUGAACGCGCCGGGCUCGUCAUCCCUCGGCACUCUUACCCAGCCCCCCUGUCCCGAGCAAUGCAAAGACCUCUGCUCCGACCUCUGUCCUGACGUCUGCUGCAACCUACCAGACAUGCGAAUUAAAGAUCCAAGUCCUGAAGUACCCGGAUGUCCGGCGUCCUGUCAAUCAUGGUGCGGCCCGCCCUGCCCUUCCACGUGCUGCGUUAACACUUCACUCCAACCUUUUGAUAUACCGGGAUAUACUUCAUAUACAGGCACAGGGCGGACCCGCCUACCUAUUGGCCCAGUGUUACCAUGGCAACGAAUCCGCCGCAUCUCACCGAUAUGUCCUCCAUUAUGUAAGAGAAGUUGCAAAAAAAGCUGCCCGGUCACGUGUUGCAGUCUAGCCUCGUGAGACCACUGACCUAGUUUGCGCCUAUCGUAUUAUUGCAAUGACUAUGACUGUGGCUGUGUGACUGUGACUGAUGUGACUGUGACUGUAAAUAAACUCCAAAAAGAUCGCAUAAAUAUAUUAUCGCUUACUAAUGCGAUAAAACAGCUCGCACAUCCAUGGCUGUUUUUUUAUAAUGAAGUGCACUUAUCAAGUGAAUUCCUUAAGAGGGAUUCCUCUGCACUUGGUAAAUCACGGAGAUUUUAAUAGAAUUGAAUGAAUGAACGAUUGAUUGAAUUAAUGAAGUCUUUAGCUUAGGAAUGAACCUAUUAACGGUCUGUUUUGUGUGUGUGUUGUGCUAAGCUUAAUGUACCGAUAUUUUGUUAUAAAAAUGGUUAAUGUUUUUUUUGUGUGCAAAUAUCUCGAAUUUUUCUUCUAUUUAUAAGAAAUUGAAGAAUUCAAAAAAGUAAAAACUAAAAUGUUUAAAAUUAUCAAAAGAUGUAAAACCAUUAAGAUAAAAUAAAGGUAUCAAAUCAAGCAAAAUUUGAAACAAAGCUACUACUUCAAGCGCGCCUAUCAGAGGUUGUUGUUAAAGGGGAACUGCAAGCUAAAUACAACCAGGACUCGUAUUUACAUGUAAAAACAAAAAAUACGCUUACUGUAGGUGUUUUCGCGCGGUUAUAAUUCGUUUUCGAGAAAUUCGACGUUUCGCCGCCAUCUUGGAUGUUUUGCUCGUCAGCGCAUAAACUGUCAGCGGUCGCUUUUGUGACGUACAGUAUGAACAAGAUGGCGUGGUCUAUGUUGCUCUUUGGCAUUACCGCUGAAACUUUGUGGCAGCCAUUUGUUUUCGUCUCAUUUCACGUUGCAUCAAACAACCUCACGUUGAAUCAUUCAAGCUCGAAACUAUGCAAGAGCAACAUAUCACAACCAAACCACAAGGGAUCUGAGGAAUCGGUGUACAUGUACGUAAAAACUUUGUCGUGCUGCUAAUGAAGUUAUUAGUCUUAGAAAUGGGUAAAAUAAGCUUUUACUUGAAAAUGAAUAAGAAGAUUCAGGUAUAACAUUUUCCUUGUCUUACAUUCUACAUUUCGAGUACUUUGCUUUGAAGUCAAUUGUGUAACAUGACAUCCGAAAUUGCAUCCUUCAUACGCUAGGCUAAUAUGAGAAUUUAUUUAGAAACUUCAGGUUUUCAUUCUUCUUUAUUUUGCGAAAUAUCUUUAGUAAUGUUACUGUAAUAGCUUUGACUGGCUAUGGUUUUAAUCUGUAUUUUAAUAAUAUGAAUGGCGUUUUCUUUAAAAUAGUUCAUAUAUCACUAAUUGUUAAUUAUACAUUAUAUAUUAUUUAAAAUUUAUACUGUAAGGAUGCUGUAAUGUUUUUCAGUCAAUAAAGUACAACCAUCAUUUCAUUGGCUACUUUUUACACAAUUAUUUGAACUCAUGGAUGCCUACUAUAGUGUUUCAAUAUAGCCUCUUGAUUGUCUGCUGGUAUUUGGACUUUUCAUAAUAUGAAAGUACUGUAAGUUAUAAUAAAUACAUUCCUUUUUUUAUAAGAACCUUAUAAUAUUUUUUUUUAUUAGAGUGAUGCUCUAAAAAUGAAGAAUCAAGCUAGUGACUUAAAAUACUAUUGUACAAACAGUCCAUUUCAUUUGUUCAUUUUGGUGGCAGUCACAAUGUGAUGUGCUGCUUAUCAUUUUCUGGAAUGUGGUUGAUGACUGCAUACCCCACCUCUGUAUGAUAAAAGUCCAAUCAAAUGUUACCAGUAUAUGAGAAUGUUUGAAUGCAAGGAUUACACUGAUGAAGAACCUAAAAAGAAUAAUUCCAUGCUUCACACCUGUACCACAAUAAAAGGUUGUGUAGCUGUGCUAUAUAUGUGAGUCUACAUUCAUUUUGACUAUGUGGAAUAUACUGACUUGUUUCAAUCAAAUUGCAAAUAUCUGAAUCUAGGUGUUGAAAUUCAGAUAGGUCAGAUAGAUGAGAUGCUUCUGGAUAUGAACACAACUUUUAUUUUCCACUUGUCGAUAUUCACGGGUAAAGUUCUACACAAGUUUCAACUUCAAAAUUAUCACGAAUUACCACGAGAUUCGCUGAAAUAAACAAAUACUGAAGAUGAAAAUUAUGGCAAUUUCCGCUAAUUAUACAAACGCAUGAUACUUACACGGGUGCGGAAUCCAUCCAAAAACAAAUCCAUACAAUAUUCAUUAGAUUCAGGU